CUGCGGCGCGCGGGGCGCGGCCGGACCUGGACCACGCUCCUGCUAGCUACCUUUGCAGCAGUGUUGCACUGGAGCCAUAUAACACACCUCUUUGAAAAUGAUCGUCACUUUUCUCACCUCUCAACAUUGGAAAGGGAGAUGGCUUUUCGCACUGAAAUGGGACUAUAUUAUUCCUACUUUAAGACUAUUGUGGAAGCACCCUCAUUUUUGAAUGGAGUAUGGAUGAUUAUGAAUGAUAAGCUGACUGAAUACCCCCUUGUUAUUAAUACAUUAAAAAGGUUCAAUCUUUACCCUGAGGUAAUCUUAGCCAGCUGGUACCGGAUUUAUACCAAAAUAAUGGACUUGAUUGGUCUUCAAACCAAGAUAUGUUGGACGGUGACCAGAGGAGAAGGACUCAGUCCUAUUGAAAGCUGUGAAGGAUUGGGAGAUCCUGCUUGCUUUUAUGUUGCUGUAAUUUUUAUUUUAAAUGGACUAAUGAUGGCAUUAUUCUUCAUAUAUGGCACAUAUUUAAGCGGCAGCCGAUUAGGAGGCCUGGUUACAGUGCUGUGCUUCUUUUUCAAUCAUGGAGAGUGCACUCGUGUGAUGUGGACACCACCCCUCCGCGAAAGCUUCUCCUAUCCAUUCCUUGUACUUCAGAUGUUGCUUGUGACUCAUAUUCUCAGGGCUACAAAACUUUAUAGAGGAAGCUUGAUUGCACUCUGCAUUUCCAAUGUAUUUUUCAUGCUUCCGUGGCAGUUUGCUCAGUUUGUACUUCUUACUCAGAUUGCAUCAUUAUUUGCAGUAUAUGUUGUGGGAUACAUUGAUAUAUGCAAAUUACGGAAGAUCAUUUAUAUACACAUGAUUUCUCUUGCACUUUGUUUUGUUUUGAUGUUUGGAAACUCAAUGUUAUUAACUUCUUAUUAUGCUUCCUCUUUGGUAAUUAUUUGGGGUAUACUGGAAAUGAAACCACAUUUCCUGAAAAUAAAUGUAUCCGAACUUAGUUUAUGGGUUAUCCAAGGAUGUUUUUGGUUAUUUGGAACUGUCGUACUCAAGUAUUUGACAUCUAAAAUCUUUGGCAUUGCAGAUGAUGCUCAUAUUGGCAACUUAUUAACAUCAAAAUUCUUCAGUUACAAGGAUUUUGAUACUUUAUUGUAUACCUGUGCAGCGGAGUUUGACUUUAUGGAAAAGGAGGUAAGAUCACAUAAAAAUUGUGAACUCCCUUUUGCCUUUUUUGUUUUUAUUGAUAUUUUGAAAGAAUUCAGGCCUGGGUGCAGUAUGCCUGAAAUUUGGGACGUGGAAGAUCCUGCUAAUGUUGGGAAACCUCCCUUAUGUAACCUCUUGGUGAAGGAUUCCAAGCCACACUUCACCACUGUAUUCCAGAACAGUGUUUACAAGGUCUUAGAAGUUAUAGAAGAAUGACUGCUGCCUACAGACCUACAGAGAAGUACAUCAGUAAUGGUUUUAAUGUUUUGCUAAUAACUCAUGCCUUGUUUUUAAUUCAAAUCCCAAAAACUUUUAUAGGUAACUGUUUUCAAAUAGAAAACAUUUUGUUUGGUCAAUUCAAAUGUUGUUCUGAUUGUAAAAAUACUUAUAACUUAAUCAGUUGGUUACUAUUUCAAUGCAGCCCUUUAAAAUUUGCUAUGCAAAUGAGUAUAUGUUUGUACCUGACUUAAAUAUUUGUGCUAAAGUGAGUGAGCAAAGCUACCUGUAAAAGAAACAUGAUGGGUCAUGACAAGGAAGGCAUGAAAAUAUCGUGAGUUCUGACCGUUGUAGGCUGAUUUUAGUUUAUGGACUCUUGGUGCUCCUUGCUUCCUCUUCUGCCUCUUGCUUUUGUCAUUUGGACAUCUCCGUGACUGUCGUAAGCUCCUCAGUCGUGUUGGGCCCCUGUCAUCACAUCCGUAAGAGCAGAUGGGGCAGACAUGGGUAUUUGCUAUGUGGACUUAUCUGUUUCACUUCUUCAUGUUCUUUUGUUUCUUGUUGCUCUUGUUAAUGAAGCAUUUCCUGCCCAUUACUAAUCCAAAUUCUUGGAUCUAGUGGUCAGGACCAAAUUCCUGUAGUUACCAACCAUGUGGCAUUAGCAUGUCUUCUCGCUCCCCUUUCUCCCUCUUUCUCUCCCAGCAUUCUUAGUCAAAUAAGUGUCAUUUACUCGUUUAGAUGCUUCGAAAGUACUUAUUCUUGGUUAAAAAAAAUUUAAUGGCAAUUGUGUAUUUUUCUCGUUUUUAGUAUUAUUCAGAUGUUUAUAUUUUAAUACCUUUAAACCACUGUAAAAAUUUUUCAUGUUUAAUUAUAGUUUUAAGAUCAACUAUUUUGAAUGACCCAAAUAUAAUGCAUCUACAAACUAAUGUGUAUUUGAGUAGACAUAAAUUACAGUGGAACAGUAGACUGUAGUAUGUGUAGUUUUUCUUUUACUAGUAAGAUACAGUAAAACAUGACUAAUUUUUCUGUCAAAAAAGUAAACGCAUAAUGAGAAGGAAAUGGAGUUUUUAUAUUUUACUUUUUAAAUUGCCUGUCUUUAGUAAGACAAAGCCUUAAGCCUUAUGUUAUAAUUUGGAUCCCCAAAACAAUCAUUUCAGUACGAGGAAUGAAUAUAUUCAGCCUUCCUCUUUAUGUUUUUUUCCUUUGUAUUUAUUUUCAUUUUGAAAGAUUCCCAAACCUGCUCUGAAUUCCUAGUAUGAAUUUUUGUUUCUUAGAAGUUAAUUUGUGUGAAAUGAGAUUCUUCAAAACAGUGAAUCCUCAUGGUUCUGAGAAACGGUUUUAAGAUUUUAAAGUCUAAGCAAACCAUGACUCCGAUGGACUACACAUUUAAUUAUACAGUGUUCUCUUUAUUAACCACAGGCAGCUUAACCUCAUUGUGGACUGUCCUUGAGACCUGAGUCCUCAGGGAUGGUUUCCGGUGCCCACUCCUGGGAGCCACUGAAGAGCUCUUCCCUUUCCGCCUUCUCACCAGAGCCCAAGGACAAGCCUGGUCUGGGGGAAGCGCUAGCUUGCUUAGAGCAGACAGCUGCAAGGACAGCCUGGGCUGGCGAGCGCGCAGCCCGCGUUUCCGGGGAGCCUCCUUCUGGCCGGAGCUGCCGUCAGUGUCUUCGGGUGCCUGCCCCCUCCUCCUCGCUCGCUCGCUGGGUGACUUUUAUUUCUUGGGCUUCUGCCAGUUUCAGAAAAUAGGGAAGCAGCUGGGGAGUCGUGGAUUAGGAGUAGAACUUGAGCAAUGAUGCAGCAAUCCAGAAAAAUGGCACGAGGGCACUCGAGGCCGAGGUGGCUGGGAGUCGCCGUGGGCGGGAGGAGGGAGGAGGCGCGCUCCGCGCCCUGUGACACUGUUCACGGAGACGUGGCUGGCUCACACACGCAGCGGGGCCAGGUUUUCAAAAACUGUGCUUUUAAAGUCACUCUCUUUUCUCCCCACCCUCCAGUCACUCCCUUCCUGAGGAGUUCACAUGUGAUGAUUGGAAAUUCGGUACAGGAAAAACACCAAAAUACCGUUUUGACUGUUUCGUAUGCUGGGAAAGGUUGAAAGUGGUCCAAUUAGGUUGUUCUUUUUUCUCGCCAUAGGAAUCCUUUUAUAACGGUAUUUAGUAAUGUAACUCCACCAGCAAGCUAUGAUUGUAGUUUAGGCCAGUCAGUUAAGAACAGAGGCCUUGGGCUACACGGCACACUCAGCCUUGGUCACAUCUGCUAGCAGCCAGUGCCGUAGAUGAGCAGUAUCUUUUAUGGCAACAUAGAAUAGUAGUAGUUUCCAUACACAUGACAGAACAGUAUUAAAGCUCAGUAUUUUACUCAUUUUUAGCCUUUAAAAAUAUUUUUUUUGCUUUAGUGUGAGGAAGGUAAGGAUGGCAAGGAGGUGGUAAAAAUAGCUCUUGCUGUCACAUAUGAAAAAACAAAGUGGGGGCAGUAUUUCUAUAAGCAGAAAAGCCUCUAAAAAACGCUUUGCAGAAAAAGUGUUGUGUUAAAACAGGACAAUGAUAUUAAGGAGAACGUGAAACACUGUAUCAGGAAUAAAGUGAUAUCACAUAGAAGUAUUGUAUUUUUAUGAAUUUUAUGCCAGUUGUUUUACAUGUACUAUGUAUGUUCAAUAAAAAAGAUAAUGAAAAAUCUA